CUGCAUUCAUCAAGCCGACCGCGGUUCAACGUUCCCUCCGUCAGAGUGAGUGACGGCCCCAACGGAGUUCGGGGAACCAAAUUCUUCGACGGCGUUCGCGCUGCCUGCCUUCCCAAUGGCACCGGCCUCGCUGCCACUUGGGACCAGGAUUUGCUUUAUGAAGCCGGUGUUCUCAUCGGCCAAGAGUGUCUGGCCAAAGGGGCUCACUGCUGGCUGGGACCCACGGUGUGCAUUCAACGAUCGCCUCUCGGGGGAAGAGGCUUCGAGUCUCUCGUAGAGGAUCUCUAUGCCAUCGGCAAACUGGUCGCCGCCUAUAUCCGAGGUGCCCAGUCGAUUGGUGUUAUAUCCACCAUCAAGCACUUCGCGACAAGUGAUCAGGAGCAUGAGAGAAUCAGCGUCAAUGCUGUCAUGAGCGAGCGAGCCCUGUUUGGAACAUACUCGACCGCGGAGCCUCUCAAUGCCAGUCUUGACCUGGAGAUGCCUGGUCCCACGAGGCUUCGAGGACCCUUGCUGGAGCUUGCGAUUUCAAGCCGUAAAGUCUCCCGCUCAACGCUUGACGCGCGCGCCAGGACCGUGCUCGAAUUUGUCCAGCGAGCGAGCAAGGCUCAGGUUUUGGUCACCGAGAGCACACGAGACUUUCCCGAGGAUCGCAAGUUGAAUCGCAAACUUGCUUCUGAUAGCGUUGUCCUCCUUAAGAACAAGUCGGGCUUUUUGCCUCUGGAUCAGGAGAAAUUCAAGAGUGUGGCCUUAAUAGGGCCAAACAUGAAGACUGCAGCGUUCUGCGGAGGAGGCUCUGCUUCCCUCCAGCCGUAUUAUAGCACUUCGCCGUACCAGGGAAUUGUCGAUCAGCUCCCUGCCGACGUCGAGAUCCUGUAUGAGACAGGCGCCACCUCGUUUGCUUAUAUCCCGGAGCUGCAGGCGACAGAUGUGUGCACGCCGGAAGGCCAGCCAGGGCUUCGAAUGCGCUUCUACCGCGACCCGCCCUCUAUCAAAGAACGGCGCGUGGUCGUGGAAAUCGUCAUGCAGGAGUCUUCAUGGCAACUGAUGGGCUUCUCAAACCCGGAACUGGACCGGCUCUUCUACGCAGAUAUUGAAGCCGAGUGA